ACUUCCGGGUUUGGAGUGAGUCAAUAUUGUUGUCAAUUCUAACUUUACUUUUCACUUUUGCACCGGCAAACAUUUGCCAAAGUUGCUUUUUUGCUAUGUAUCACCAACCUGUGUUGAAGAACAGGCGGACACUUUUGGAGAGAGCCGAGAAGUUCAUUUCUGAUGCUUACUUCACAGACUGCAACCUGCGAGGACGGCUGUAUGGAGAAUCUCACCCACUGGAAUCCCUCAGCCAAUUUAUGUCUCCUAAACGGAUAACAUUGAUGGAAGCUCAAACACAGAGUUUUACACCUUACAAUGUUGGCGAUACCUUUGGACCAACGUGGUGGACUUGUUGGUUUAAAGCAACCCUGAACAUUCCAGAAUGCUGGAGAGGUAAAGAGGUUCAUGUUCUGUGGGAAAGUGAUGGAGAGGCGAUGGUUUGGAGGGAUGGACAAGCAGUUCAGGGUUUGACUAAAGAAGGUGAAAAGACGAGUUACAUUUUGUCUGACUGCCUCACAGACAAAGAACCGCACAGUGUCACCAUCUAUGUGGAGAUGGCCUGUAAUGGACUCUUUGGAGCUGGUAACGGGUCAAUGAUCGCACCUCCAGACCCAAACAGGAAGUUUUCUGUGCAAAAAGCAGAGCUUGUGAUUUUCAACCGGGAAGUCCGGGAGCUGAUGACUGAUUUUGAGAUGCUGAUUGACAUUGUCAAGGAACUUGGCGAGGGCGAGCAGCGAAGCUACCAGGCUCUGUUCACCGUCAAUGAGAUGGUGAACGUGAGCGACCCCACUGACCCCAGCUCUUUCUCUGGAGCACGCAGUUUGGCUCAGAAGUUUUUUAGCCAACAUAACGGACAAAGCCAGCACACUGUCCACGCCAUGGGCCACUGCCACAUUGACUCAGCUUGGCUGUGGCCUUAUGAAGAAACUAUUCGUAAGUGUGCCAGGAGUUGGGUGACGGUGAUCCAUCUCAUGAAAAAGAACCCAGAUUUUGUGUUUACAUGUUCUCAGGCCCAGCAGUUUGAGUGGGUUAAGUGCUGGUACCCAGGACUCUUCUCAGAGAUUCAGCAAUACGUUAAGGCUGGCCGGUUCAUUCCAGUCGGAGGGACGUGGGUGGAGAUGGAUGGUAAUCUACCCUCGGGAGAGUCCAUGGUCAGGCAGUUCCUGGAGGGCCAGCUUUUUUUUCAGCAAGAGUUUGGGAUGAGGUGUAAAGAAUUCUGGCUUCCAGAUACCUUUGGAUACUCGGCCCAACUCCCUCAGAUAAUGCAGGGCUGCGGAAUUUCCAAUUUCUUAACACAGAAACUAAGUUGGAACCUCGUGAACACCUUCCCUCAUAACACAUUUUUUUGGGAAGGCCUCGACGGCUCCAAGGUCUUGACUCACUUCCCCCCUGGCAAUUCCUAUGAAACCAAAGGCAAGGUUGAAGAUCUUGUAAAAACUGUGAAGCAAAACAAAGACAAGGGCAGGGCAAACCACAGCGUCAUGUUGUUUGGCUUUGGUGACGGUGGUGGUGGUCCUACGCAGUUGAUGCUGGACAGACUGAAGCGGGUCCAGGACACAGAUGGCCUUCCUAAGAUUCGAAUGUCCUCUCCUGACACGUUUUUCUCUCAGCUUUGGGCUGACUCACAUCUGCUGUGCACUUGGACAGGGGAGCUGUUCCUGGAGUUGCACAACGGCACGUACACCACACAGGCACAGAUCAAGCGGGGAAACCGCCAGUGUGAGACACUCCUGCAUGACAUUGAGAUAGCCAGCAGCUUGGCACUGUGUCAGGACACAACUUUUCAGUAUCCUGUAGGGAGGCUGAGAGAACUCUGGAGGCUUCUGCUACUAAACCAGUUCCAUGAUGUAAUCCCAGGCAGCUGUAUAGAGAUGGUUGUUGACGAUGCACUGAGAUAUUAUGAAGAUAUUCGUAGGAGUGGUGGCGCACUCCUGCAAGAUAGCCUUAGUGCUGUGGUGGCAAAGGGCGAUGCCACAGGUGUCUUCAACUCUCUGUCCUGGGAGCGCCUUGAAGUCAUUCAGAUUCAAGAUGGCUCCAGCAAUGAGUUGGCUCUGGUGCGAGUUCCCAGUAUUGGUGUGAAUUUCGUUGAAGAAACAAAGCCUGCGACUCCAGUUUGUGUUACUGUUCAGGAGGACGGCAGUGUCCUCAUGGAAAACGGCAUCAUACGUACUGUUGUGAAGAAAGAUGGCACAAUGGCAUCACUGCAUUUGAUCUCUGCAAACAGGGAAGCCCUUUCGGUUGGCUGCUGUGGUAACCAGUUUGUCAUGUUUGAUGACGUACCUCUGUACUGGGAUGCAUGGGACGUCAUGGACUACCAUCUUCAGACAAGGAGGCCUGUGGUGGAAGUGGUGCAGCCUGCUCAUGUGCUCUCUUCGCAUGAACUCAGAGGAAGUGUCAGCUUCACGCUGAGGAUCAGCGACAAGAGUACAGUCACACAGGAGAUUGUGAUGGACGCCAUGUGUCCUUACAUUAAGUUCAACACGCAGGUGAACUGGGCCGAGUCACACAAGUUUCUUAAGGUUGAAUUCCCAGUGCGGGUGCACAGUCCCAACGCAACGUAUGAGAUUCAGUUUGGUCAUCUGCAGAGACCUACACACAGGAACACAUCGUGGGACUGGGCCAGGUUUGAAGUAUGGGGUCAUAAAUGGGCCGAUUUGUCAGAGCACAAUUUUGGAGUGGCACUGCUCAAUGACUGCAAGUACGGGUAUUCGGUCUUCAAGAACACGAUGACGCUCUCGCUGUUGAGGGCACCGAAGGCUCCAGAUGCCAACGCUGAUAUGGGAUGUCAUCACUUCACCUAUGCCAUCAUGCCACACGCAGGGACCUUCCAAGAUGCCGCAGUCAUCCAGUGUGCGUACAACCUCAAUUUCCCUGUAAGGUUAACCCCGUGCUCCUCUGACAUGGCGCUCUGGAGCGCCUUUUCCAUCAGCCCUGCGGCUGUCAUCCUAGAGACUGUUAAACAGGCGGAAGGCAGGAAGGGAGCCCUCGUUGUCAGAAUGUACGAGGCUUACGGCGGAGGUGUGACUGCAACCCUCCACACAACUCUUCCAAUCAGGGAGGCCUGGCAUUGUGAUCUUUUAGAGCAAACAGACACGACUCAGCCAGCAUGUGUGACUGCAGACGGGAUCAUUCUCCACUUCACUCCAUUCCAAGUUAGAUCGCUGCUGCUUGUAUUUGAAACAGCAAGUCAUCAGGUAAAGAGUGGAACCUCUUAAGGUAUCCAUAGGGAAGGUUUGCCUUAAGUUGCACAAAUUGUCCUCAAGUGACACAAUGUAAUUCAAAUGUACAUGUGGGGUUUUUUGUGAUGUCACAAUAGAAGAAUACUGAUAACACACGUCUGUGUCCUGGCUGCUCAGUACAAAAUUGCUAAUAAUGAACAACUGAGGAAAAUAUAUGCAUGUUUUACAGGACUCUCAUCAUCUGCCUCAGAGACCCAAGUAGUUUUUAGUGUCUUAUACAAAUUAGCCAUUGUAGGAGCAAGAUCAUGUGUGUAUGUCACGUGGUGUUUGUGGAUGUGUACACAAGGAACAGAAGCAUGUGUCAGGUGACAUAGGUGGCCAUCACCAUAAAGAAGCUUUUUUUUUUUUAUACCUGUACCGUAUUUUCCGCACCAUAAGGCGCCCUGGGUUAUAAGCCGCGCCUUCAAUGAACGGCAUAUUUCAAAACUUUGUCCACCUAUAAGCCGCCCCGUGUUGUAAGCCGCAUCUAACUGCGCUAAAGGAAUGUCAAAAAAACAGUCAGAUAGGUCAGUCAAACUUUAAUAAUAUAUUAAAAACCAGCGUGAUGUGGGCGCGCAUGGAGUCGUAUAUCAACAUGGACGGAGCUGCGUGAAAAAAGCCACCCGGCCUCUUCGCGUAAACUUACCUUAACCACUCGCUCAUCUUUUCUUCAUCCAUCCAUCCCUUCGAGUUAGCUUUUAUGAUGACGCCGGCUGGAAAGGUCUCUUUUGGCAAGGUCUUCCUUUUGAAUAUCACCAUGGGUGGAAGUUUCUGGCCAUUAGCAUGGCAAGCUAGAACCACAGUGAAGGAUGACUUCUCAUUCCCUGUGGUGCGAAUAUUCACCGUACGUGCUCCCGUUGUAUCCACAGUGCGGUUCACAGGAAUAUCAAAAGUCAGUGGAACCUCGUCCAUGUUGAUAAUGUUCUCUGGCCGGAUCUUUUUUUCAGCUAUCUUGUUUUUACAAUAUGCACGGAAAGUAGCCAGCUUUUCUUGAAAGUCUUUAGGCAGUUGCUGUGAAAUAGUAAUCCGUGUGCGGAUGGAGAGAUUGCGUCUUUUCAUGAACCGGAUCCUUGUCGCUUAGUAGGAGCCAUUUUGUGGUCUUUACAGAUGUAAACACACAAAGGAAAUGAAACGUACGGUAAUAUCCGCGCGCUUCUUCUUCAUCUACGCGGGCGGGUGGUUGCUUACAGUAGAAGAAGAAGCGCUUCCUGUUCUAUGGGGGCGGGUGCUUACCUUGGCGGUUGCUUGCGUAGAAGAAGAAGCACUUCCUCUUCUACGGGGAAAAAAGAUGGCGGCUGUUUACCGUAGUUGCGAGACCGAAACUUUAUGAAAAUGAAUCUUAAUAUUAAUCCAUAUAUAAAGCGCACCGGGUUAUAAGGCGCACUGUCAGCUUUUGAGAAAAUUUGUGGUUUUUAGGUGCGCCUUAUAGUGCGGAAAAUACGGCUCAAGAGGGAGAGAGGAAAGAGUGGAGCUCGGUAGCCAUCAUUUCUGUUGACCGCUUGAUUAGAGGCUUUGUCAAGCUUACCGUAUUCUUCGGACUAUAAGUCGCACCGGCCGAAAAUGCAUAAUGAAGAAGGAAAAAAAACAUAUAUAAGUCGCACUGGAGUAUAAGUCGCAUUUUUUGGGGAAAUGUAUUUGAUAAAAGCCAACAGCAAGAAUAGACAUUUGAAAGGCAAUUUAAAAUUAAAAAAUUGCUGUAGAGCACAAUUUUUAGAUUUGGGGUUAGGUUUUUUCAUUAGAUCACAGUUUUAGCCAGUCCUGAUGUGUGUGUUAAGUUUGGUGAGUUUUGAAGCAUGUUAAGGGGGUCAAAUAACAGCUCAAAGAGGCAAAAGUGACUGUUUUUAGUACUUUUUUGUCUUGAAGGGGGAAUUGCCAACUUCCUGUUGAUUUUAGCCCGAGAAUGUACCAUUAUGAAAGUUAGGUCUGAGUCAGACCUACAUAGAGGAUUUUGUUUCAUGUCUUUCCGACCUUCCUAGUGGGAGUUACAGGCAGUCUGUUUUUUUUUUUUCCUAGGGAGCGCUAGAGCGCAUUUUAGAUUUUUGCGGUUUGUUUUUUUUAUUAAAAGACAAUUUUCGCAGGUCCUGAUGAGUGGGUCAAAUAUGGUGAGUUUUGAAGCAUGUUAAGUGGGUCAAAUUAGUGCUCAAAGAGGCGGCGGAAGAAUAAUAAUAAUAAAGAAUAAUAAAACGAACGAAUAACAAUAGGUCCUUAUGUCCCAUUGCAUAAGGACUCCCUUCGGGAGUCCUUUUGCAAUGGGCCAUUGCGGGCCCUAAUUAAAGCUGCAAGCAGCAUUGGUCGGGCCCGCGUAGGUGGUAGGUGGUAGUUGUAAGUGUCCCAAUACUUUUGUUUAGUUUUCGUCAUAAGUGUCCCAAUACUUUUGUCUACUUUUAGUCUGAAGUGUCCCAAGACUUUUGUCUAGUGUACCUACCUUGUCUGCAUUGUGUGGGCAUGCUGGUGCUUCCUGCUUUUAAGCAGCCAUCUUAAAAAAGCAGCAGUGCAGCAGCAUCAGCGCAGCGGCUCUUUGAAGGGUCAUAAAAUCAAAACCGGAGCAGGUAUUAAAAAUCCCAUCUAUACUUUUAAUCACAAGGGUUUAAUCUCUCUCCUGUGUUAGUUUGAAGCCGAAACGACAAACGCGC